AUGGCCGAAGAAAGUCAAUUUUAUUUGGUUCUAGAAAGCUGCAAAGAGCAGCUUCUGCGCCACAGUAAAGUAACAUUUAAGAGUCUUGUUGAAGUCUAUGAGGUAUUUUUCAACUCAGUUUUCUUAUAGAAAAAAACAAUGAAAAAUCCCCAGCCGAGAUAUGAGGGCAAAAGAAGCUGUCAGGGAAUUAGAAGAAAUCGCGUCCUCAGUAAUUUUUAUUAAGGCUUUGGUGGACUUAAAAAUUGACGGAGUCCUAAAACCUUCAUCCAACAUUUAUGUCGCCAGAAUAGAAAACAAUGGGUACAUUCAGAGCUACUAUGAAAGCGCUGAUACCUCAGUUUCUACCAACGACGAAGAGUUCACAAGACCAAGAAGAGCGACUUCUCCAACCCGCCAGCCUGAAGAACAAAUUGAAGUGCGGAAACGCUCAAGUUCAACCAAUACCAAGCUGCCUAAAGUUAAUACUCCAACGUCUCUGAACGUCAAGGAAUCACCAAAGUAUAAAACAGCUGAAACUCCUAAUUGUAAUCUAGAAAAAAACACUGAAAGUUGCAGUACUUUUUCAGCUGUCGCAGAGUCUGUUUCUUUAGAGACUUUAAAAAGGUCGAAAACACCAGCUAUUAGCAGGUUUAUGGAAAUUCAUAGAAGAAGUCCUAUGCCUCAAAAUGAUAGCAGCCCAAAGCGAGCGCUGGAAAAUUCGAUAAAAAAUAGGUUUCCUUUAAAGGAAUCAAUUUUAUUUAAAAAAAAUUCAUGGUUUAACGCAAAUAGCAGUAGAUGCUGUUCAGUUAAAGAAAAACUCAAGCUUAUAAGGGAGUCAUAUAGCAACGCCCGAUGUAAAGUCGCGUCUUAUAGAUAG